UUUUUAAAAAUAUUUUCCAGAAAAAAUAUUAUUUCAAGAUAAUGGUAAAUUUUUACCUGAAUUUAAUUACCUUUUUCUUUAUCUUCUAUUAGCUGUAAAGAUUAUGCGUCGAUGGGACUAUUAAAUUUUCAUCUUCAAGGAUAAGUAGACACUGGAUUUUAGGUGCGAUCAAAAAUCCAAUAAAUUCGAAACGUUAUGAAGACGUUAUGGAAAUAAGAGGAGGAGGAAAAUUAAACUAUCGCUAUUUUAUUAUUUUAUUGAUUUUCGAAUUCUUUAUUCAAUCAAUAAAUAGUCAUUCACGUUAUGAAAUAAAAAACGGCGGUUUUCACAUCAGUUUAAUUGAUUGGACAAUAAAGCCCUAUUGCGAUGAUUAUUUUCAUCUUGAAAAUCUAGAUUCAUUCAAGCCAAAUGAUAGAAAAAGAACCACAAAAAUUCUACGUUGUAUGUAUGGACGAAAAAAAAUUCAUAAGGAUUCAAAUGGUCUUUAUUUUGAUUUAAAUUAUGGAAAAGUUACAUUGACAUUAUUAUCGGAUCGCUAUCAGUUUUCGUAUAUUUGCAAUCCGGGAUAUAAAUUAAUUGGCGAGAAAAUUAUUUGGUUCAUCAGAGGAAAAAUAACUCAUUCACAGCCUAUUUGUAUUCAAAUUCUACCAAAUGUGAACAAAAUGAAAAAUGGACAUUUUACAGUUAUUGACUUGGAUUCAGAGACAUUUGAAUUUAAUUAUUUUUGCAAUUAUCCAUAUGAAUUAAUUGGACAAGAGACUGUUUAUUAUUUUAAUAAAACCUGGAGCGCCAAAAAGCCAAUUUGCAUUAUUUCGUGCCAACCACAAAAAUUACUGAACGGCUUUUCGAGCCUCUCACUAAAAAAUGACGAAUACAUGUCAAAAUUUACCUGCAAUGAGGGAUUUUUUCUCGAUGGAAAUAAAGAAUCUUUCUGCACUGAUGGAAUUUGGAUCCAGGAGACUCCCACUUGUAUUCCUCACUGUCAAGUGAAAACGUUUUCUAAUGGACAAAUGACUCUGAAUGAUGAUAAAAUUUACUUCACGAUGUCUUGUAAUUUUGGAUAUGAACUUCUUGGAAAUUCGAAAAUUCGCUGCAAUAAUGGACAAUGGAGUCAUCCUUUUCCAAUUUGUUUUGUGUCGCCGCCUUAAUGAGAUCCCUUCGAGUAGGUAUAAUAUUUAAGGGAGAGUAUAACAUUGGACUUCAGUUUCUCUUCAACUUUUGCUGAAGGAACAUCAAGAAGAUGGCUGUUCCGUCGCUAUUCGCCG